UGUUAAUAUUUAUUAUACAAUAUAACAUUAUUUAGGAUUUAUAAAAUGGAUCCUACAUGUCACCACCCCCACCCUGUUUAAACCAAAUCCUCAAGCAGAUCCAAUACAAAACAUCCCCUUGCCUGAUAAAAGGAAAAGCGAGGAUAUCAAGUUUUAGUUUGGGUAGGGGAGAGAGAGUCAGCAAUUAAAGUAAAUGUUAAAAGACAGAGAAAGAUAAAAAGUAAAGAUAAACAAAGAAAGGAGUUACGGAUGUUUUCUUAUCUUUCUUCCAUCGGAGAGCAUCAUUAGGCUACUGAACAGAUGGAGUGCAACUGUAAUUCCUCUCUGGGUUACUUUCCUUCAACUCACUGGAACAGAACAGUGUUGUUUCCUGACUGGGCGUAUAAACCAGCUUGGUCUUCAGGUUCACGGCAGGUGCAGUUAUGGCACUUCCUGUUAGAGCUGCUGGGGCGUGGAGAGGGCGGAGCUAUCACAUGGGGUAGCGAGUGGGGGGAAUUUGUGAUCAGAGAUCCAGAGAGAUUGGCUAAAUUGUGGGGGGAGAGGAAGGGCAAGCCACACAUGAAUUACGACAAACUCAGCAGAGCUUUAAGGUAUUAUUAUAAUAAGCGAAUUUUGCACAAGACCAAAGGGAAACGUUUUACCUACAAGUUUAACUUCAGUAAAUUGAUCUUGGUGAAUUACCCAAGUCUUUCAACCUGCUCACAGACUACAGCACCUCUCCCGUUCUUUUCUUCACAGUUGUCCAUCUACAAGCCUGCUAGUGACUUGGGUGUGCAGUCAGUUUCUCAUCCACUUCUGCAACCCUACUGCUUCCCCAAACCAUUUCCCUUUCACCAGGCACAUCCAAUCGAGAGGCAGUUUCCCUUUUUUCUGGACAGUCUCCAUCGGGGGCAAAUCUAUCCUGUCUGUCACCCGUCAACUCCACCCUACAAUGUAACCAAACUUUUAACUACUGAUCAAUUAAAAGUCACACAGUGUGGCCUCAUAGCAGAGUCAUUGGAUUACGAAAAGACAAAAACAUUGAAAAAAUGUAUAUCAUGAGGACACCUCGUAUCUAAAAAGAUCUAGGUGUGAUUACUAUUACUAGUGUUAUUCUUGUUUUUGUAAUUUUGUGUCCUUGUUCACAGGUUUACAA